AUGGAUUUUCAAUACUUCUUAAACGAGGUCAAUGGCUGCAUCACCGCCGCCGGGCCGUGCUUCAUCACGAAAUACUUUGGCCACGUCGAGGCAUCGUCCAGAGAAGUUCCAGAGGUUCCGCCCGUCUUGGCCGCACCCAGCCGCUUUCCCGAAUGGUUUGUCAACUUUGCCUCGACCAACAGGGACGGCGCUCGCGGAUCAUGGAGUGUCACUGAAAAGGACCCUCAACAUCACGAAAAGGGAUUCAUGGACGAAUGCACCCAACUUGCCUUGAGACACGACGACGCCGAAUCCAAGACUGCCGGGUCCGACGACGUCCACGCCAUAGGGCUCGUCUGCGCCGAAGACGCCAGCUAUCGCGACGGAUUCAUCACAUUGUGCGCAUCUGCGCAGGCAGUCUUUUACCAGCAGCCGACACGUCCUUUCUUGCAUGCCGUCUAUAUCCGCGGCGCGUUGGUCGAGCUGUUGGUCAUUGACCGGUCCGGCGUAUCCUGCAGUGAAGUCAUGGACGUUGAGAAGGAGGCGGGCCAGUUUCUGUCCUUGUUUCUGCAGUACGAGCGGAUGACGAACCAGGCGCUGGGCAUGGGCUGCGUCUUCAGCACCGAUGACGAGGGCCAGUACAUUGUUCUGGACGAGGGCAGUAAGUUAUACAUUGACAGCAAGCCCGUCAUGACGCGACGGAUGUUGGUCGGGCCGUCUACGGUGGUGUACCGGGCGAGGCGUGCUGGCUCGCAGGAAUGGAGCCACGCCGUCAAGAUCAAGUGGCCCUGGGUGAGGGACCGACCCGAAAAGGAACUUCUCGAGGUCGCCAUGGAGAAGAAGGCAUGGGGCGCCGCCCACCUCGAACUGUACCGUGAGCUCGAGACGACGGCUGCUCUCCGCGCCGGAUUGUGCCCGGACAAGCAGAGAAGGUUCUCAGACACGGCUGCCACAGACACGGCCGCCACCAGCCAAGAGAGCAAUGAGACAUGCACAGAGAGCGACGGUCCAUCCGGCAUCAUGCAAUUCACCGAGGAGGAGACGCGGCGGUCGUUCCAGGACCGCGUUCUCAUCUGCAUGGUCACGUCGCCUGUCGGCCGGGCACUUUACACAUUCCAGUCCGGGCUGGAGCUGCUCGAGGCGCUCCGCGACGCCCUCAAGUGCCACCGCUCGCUGUUUGUCGACGCCCGGCUGCUGCACAGCGACAUUUCCCACGGCAACAUCAUCAUCCUCGAUGACGACCCCGGCGUGCCGCGCCGCCCCCGUGGCAUGCUAAUUGACCUCGAGGGGGCCGCGUCGCGCGACCCGGCGCCGGCGCGCAAACCAGGAUACCUGUUCGGCACGCGACCGUACGUGGCUAUUGGCUACAUCAACGACGAGGCCAAGACGUACCGCCACGACCUCGAGUCCUUCCUGUACCUGCUCCUGCGAAUGGUCGUGGCCGACAGGGAGAUGGAGCUGCCUAAAGACAGCAGGCUGCGGGCGUGGGAGGAGGGCAGGUGGUUCGAGCUGGCGGAGCGCAAGAGCAGGGACAUGCACCCGGACAACUUUGGGCGCAUCGUCGACGAGAUUCCGCCGGCGUUUGCGUCGGUCAAGAGCUUGGCGAUUAGGUUGCGCGCACUGGUGUUUCCGUUGCGCGACGGCACCAUCUGGACUGGGACGGAGGACUCGCCUGAAGCAAUCGAUGGCCUCUACGACGGCAUGAUUUCGGCUUUUGAGGAUGCGAUUGCGUCGGAGAAGUCGUGUCAGCAUGAUGGACAAGUUAGUGGCAUGGUUUUAAAAGAAGAUUGA